AUGAAGCGUGCAUUUAGUGUAUUUACGACUCUUCUCCACGAUCACACGCCGCUAUCGGCAUCAAGCAUGGCGAAUUUAAUUAACGAUUUUAAGGAGUGGAAGUUAAAAGAUCCGCCAAAUUACUCAGAGUUACCAAUAGAUGCAAAUCCUGAAUAUAAUGUGCCCGUUGCUGUAAAGAACGCUGUGUUUUCUAAGGUCCCAACAGAACCUCUGACUGGAAAACUUCACCUUGUUUGUGCUUCAAAAGAAGCAUUAACAGAUAUUUUAGAUAUAGACCCCAAAGUGGCAGAAUCUGAGACAUUUAUUGAUUUUGUCGCAGGAAAAUAUUUACCAAAAGGUGGAUUGAGUGUUUCUCACAGAUAUGGGGGAUAUCAAUUUGGAUUUUGGGCGGACCAACUCGGAGAUGGAAGAGCGCAUAUACUUGGUGAAUAUAUUAAUAGUAAGGGUGAAUCCUGGCAACCCCAGCUGAAAGGUUCAGGAGAAACUCCGUACUCUCGCUUCGGAGACGGUCGCGCAGUUCUACGCUCGUCUAUACGAGAGAUGAUUGCGAGUGAAGCCUGUCACCACUUAGGCAUUCCUACAACACAGGCUGGUGCUUUGGUAGUAAGCGAUGAACACAAAGUAUGGAGGGACAAGACAUACAGUGGGAGAGCGAGACAGGAGCGCGCGGCCGUCGUGCUGCGGCUAGCGCCGGCUUGGUACAGGCUCGGUUCCUUCGAGAUAUUGUACAAGAGAAAUGAGCCAGAUGUUAUGAGAAUGUUGGCGGAUUUUGUUAUUAAGCAUUAUUUCCCUGAUGUAGAUUCAAAGUCAGAUGACCGGUACGUCCAAUGGUUUUCUGAAGUGGCUCAUAAGAACUUGGAUAUGGUGGCUACGUGGCAAGGUCUAGGUUUUACACAUGGUGUUCUAAACACAGAUAACAUAAGUGUCCUCGGUCUCACCAUAGACUAUGGUCCGUACGGCUUCAUAGAUCACUACUAUGAACAUUAUGUGCCGAACUCUUCUGAUGACAUGGGAAGAUAUGCAUUUAACAAACAACCUGAUAUAAUUCUAUGGAAUUUGGAGAAGUUUGUGGAAGCUUUGCAGCCAAUUCUAUCAGAAAGUAAUAAACAGAAGAUCAAGGAUAUUAUUGCUACAUUAAGAGGAUAUGUGCAGGAUAAAAUUUUG